GGGGAAGGGAUUGGUGGCAGAAGGUGGGGAAGGCGGGCGAGCGCUUCAACCGCAUUUCAUUUCUUUCAAAAUAACCCCAUUUUCCUCCCAUCUUUCUCUCUUUCUCUCUGCUCCUGCAAUUUGGGAUCUCUCCACUCUGCAUUCCCCAUUUUCCUCCCUUUUCAAGAAUUCAGAUCCUCCACUCUCUUGAUUCCUCUCUAUCUUCAAUAUCCUCGAUGGAUUGCUGUUGAUUUUCUGAUUUUCUCUUUGUUUUUGCUGGCCCUGAUGAACGAUCGAUUCUGAGGGAGGAGAGCAAGGGAACGCCCACUUCGAGCGAGGCAUUGUAGUUUUCGUGUUUCGGAUCUGGUGCUUCGAGAUGAGUGCGUCCAGGUUUAUAAAGUGCGUAACGGUUGGUGAUGGUGCCGUGGGUAAAACCUGUAUGUUGAUUUCGUAUACGAGCAACACUUUCCCCACGGACUACGUGCCUACCGUUUUUGACAAUUUCAGUGCCAAUGUGGUGGUUGAUGGGAACACGGUCAACCUAGGAUUAUGGGAUACUGCUGGUCAAGAGGAUUACAAUAGAUUAAGACCACUGAGCUAUCGAGGUGCUGAUGUUUUUAUUCUUGCUUUCUCUCUCAUAAGCAAGGCCAGCUAUGAAAAUGUUGCCAAGAAGUGGAUUCCUGAAUUGAGACAUUAUGCACCUGGUGUUCCAAUAGUUCUUGUUGGAACUAAACUUGAUCUUCGGGAUGACAAGCAGUUCUUUGUAGACCACCCUGGUGCGGUGCCCAUUACCACUGUUCAGGGAGAGGAGUUGACAAAAACUAUCGGAGCCCCGGCAUACAUUGAGUGCAGUUCAAAAACCCAGCAGAAUGUGAAAGCAGUGUUCGAUGCAGCCAUUAAAGUGGUGCUCCAGCCGCCCAAGUCCAAGAAGAAGAAGAAGAAGUCGCAGAGUGUCUGUUCGGUGUUAUGAUCGCGGAAGGAAUAUGCUUUUGCUCGUGCCGAAGGAACGACAACUUCAUAUGUACUCGCCUUUUUCUCAGCAUAUCUUUAAUCCCAUGUCAUCCCAAGGAUACGGCCCCAAGCUGACAUUCCAAGAUGCAAAUAGAACAGUGAUGGAUGAUGUUUGUUUCUUAUUUUGCAAUCUGUUUGUUAGCGAUGACCACCAACAUUGCUAACCCCCCAAUUUCUCUGUUUGAAUUUGUUCAUGUAUUAAUGAGAUACCUAAAAGAACUGCUCCCUGGGCAUGAACAUGAACAUGGUUUAGUACUCCUAACAUUAUAUUGUCUAUUUCCAUUCCUUUGAAA